AUGUCCGAACUCGACUAUAGACCGACCCAGCGCCAGACUGGAUUCGACGUUGCUGGAUCCUCCAACACGACUCAGCAGCAGACUUCUGCACCCAGAACAAGGACGACGACAAACGGCACCAUCAUGAAGGCCUCGGACGACGACGUGGAGAUGACGGGCGACGACGAGUUGCGCGGCGCCGUUGGACCGCUACCAAUCCCUGGUUCACAAGAGCAAAAGGUCGAGCAGGCCAUGGUUUCCACCGUCACACCAAGCGACGUGCCCACGCCACCUGACAGCCUGCUGCUCCCCUCGGCAGAGACAACCCGAAAGGGGUCCACGUCGAGGUCGCCAGAGAAUGUCAAGCUGCCGUCGUUGCACUCGACUCUCAUCAGCCCCCGGCUGACUGCCAUAUCCUCGUCUGCUGCCUCCCACGUCUCCAGUGGACCCGCCUCCGUGUCGUCAUCGCACUGGUCUCCGGGGAGGAGCUCGGACCCGCACCUCUACUCGAUCUCUGCCCACGCUCAUCAGCCCUACAGCUAUGCCAGCGUGAAGCCCUACCUCAGCACCAGCUUCCAGACAUCAGCCGAGCGAGCGGGCCCAAGUGGGCGAGAAGCGAUGGAGGAGGAUCGCGACGAGCACGAGGAAGACGUCUUUGGCCACACUGCCCGUGGUCUCGGCCUUCACGAUUCGGGCGAGCCUUCGCCACCAAGGGGGAACCAUCGACCCGGCCAGGCGCAUACGGGCGAGAUGAUGGAAGGAGAAGGCGAUGCCGCUGGCGUAUUCAGCUUCUCCAGUCCUUGCUUUGGCCCAAGAUCGCUAGAGGCGUCCGACGUUCCCAACGACAGUGAGCUCUCGCCACCCAUCAGCGAGGCUCAGCGGCGUCCUGUCCAUCGGGUCAUGAGUCCCGGCUGGACGGCUGCGACGCUCAGCAAGCUCUCGCUCGGAGGAAGCCCGGACACGGGGACCCACGAGGGCACUCCCUCCCGGCUGUCCGCUGGCCCAUCCCAUCAUUCGAGCAUGUACGGCAGCGGUAGCGCCUCUUCACUACCCUCGAAUGCGAAUGCAGCCCAUCGAUCGUCCUUUGUCAAGCGACCACCGCUAUCCCAGGGCGGUCCGAAGAGCUUCACUUUCUCCAACUCGCCCUCGCACGCCCUCCUCUCAGGGCCCCGCUCAAGCUCUCGCAAUCGCGCUGGCCAGCGUCUGGCCAGCGGUGCACCCCAUGCAGCCGUCGACGAUGACGAGACAGACGAUGAGCUCAUGGCGCUGGAGGACGACGACGCGACCGAGGACGAAGGCGACCAAAAGACGUUUAGAGUCCGGAGAGCUCGUCUCGGGCCCCACCGAACUCACUCCUACCAGCCCCAGCAUCACUCUCCCCACCACCAGCGCUUGGGCCAAGACGACGCUGGGUACAGCACUUCUCCGAGCGGGGCCAAUGCCCGGCCUGGGCUGGGGGUCUCGCUACACACACAAGAGCACUCCAGUCACCAUCAGUCGCAGACGACGACGAUGUCUGCCUCGUACGAAAGAGCCCACGCCCACCUGGGCCCCGGUGGCCGGGGUGGCGAACCGGGCAGCCUCGGACGUCAGUACAGCUCGGAACGUCACUCGGCCCUCAGCCUCGGCCGUCACCAUCCUUAUGCCGCGAGCCCGAGUGGUGCAUCGCCCGUCCCUGCGCCUGGGCUACACUCUUACUCGCCUAGCUCUCGUCAGGGUGCACGGAGAAGGAGCAGCUUUGGAACUUCAAAUGGCAGCCUCAGCGCCUCCCCCGCUGGAGGCGCGCAUGGCCAUGCUAUGAUGCAUGCCCUCUCCCACUCGCCUCGAUAUGCUUCCGGCCUUCAGACGAUCUCGACGCGAGACCGACCGCCGGGCGUCUACACUGACCAGCACGGUGGGGCAGGAACACCCUCAUACUAUCCCCGCCAGUACCACACCCAGCAAUCGUACGGCGAGGCGCAAGAGAGUCUUCCUGCGCUGGGCCCACGUCAGACUCAGCGUUCCAACCUCAAGGCUGAGAUGACGAGGCGAGUCUCGGGUGCCAGCAGCGGCAGCUACAACACUGAGGAAGACGAGAGCGAAGUGCUGCUCGCCGACGAAGACGACGACGAUGACAACAACAGCGGGGCCGGUGGCACGCUCAGAGGGCCGUCAGGAGGCCGCAGCAAAUUGAGGGCGCCGCUCGGGGCCGUCGGGGCCGCAAAUCAGCACACAGCAUCUUCAGCACAAAUGAGACAACCAGCUUCCGCGGGGAUCGCUGCAGGCGAGGUCGAGACGCCAGAGAUGGUCGAAGUUUCUGCCAUUCGCGAGCGCCUUGGCGGAGCCGCCAACUGCUCAGCAUUUAUCUCUAAGCUCUGGUACCUCAUGUGCCGACCGGAGAUGUACCACCGUUACAUUCGCUGGUCGGAGUCCGGCGACUCGGUCAUUCUCUCCAACGAUCCGGAUAUCAACAACGAGUUCGCUUCAGAGGUGCUCCCCAAACUCUUCAAGCACGGAAACAAUGCUUCCUUUGUCCGGCAAUUGAACCUCUAUGGCUUCCAGAGAGUCCCCUCUUCUCGCCUCCUCGAUGCGGCAGAGGUCAGAGCUGCCAAGCGAUACAGCGGAGGUUCCAACAUCAGUACAGCCUUGCAGCUCUACGGUCCUCACUCCAGCUUUGCCCAUCCACGCUUCAAGAAGGAUCAAGAGGAUUUGCUACCCAGCAUGAAGCCUCGCUCGAGCAAGAAGCCCAAGAAGGGCGGCGCAGGAGGCGGUGGCGAUCAGGGUGGAGGGACCGGAAAGGAGUCCGACGAUGAAGAAUAUGCCCUGAUGGGCUGA